ACUUUUCAAAAGCAGCCUUCUCAAGAACAACAACUUCUCUGAAAAAUCUAGAUUAUUGAACAUUAUUGAAGCUAAAAAAAAAAAAAUCAAUUUCGCUUCAAUAGCCAUCCAGCUUUAUAAAGAUGUCUAACGGAUAUACAAUCCCCUUCGAAGAAAUGCUGAAGUGCAGCAUAUGUCAGGAUCGUAUCAAGGAUGCCAGGAGUCUUCCUUGUGGACACACCUACUGCAGUGAUUGUCUCAACAGGUCUGCUGAUGCGACCUACCCUCGAGGAAGCAUCGAUUGUUCAGAAUGCAAGAAGAAAUUCCAGUUGGGCCACUCUGGUGCUGGAGGUCUCCCUCGCUGCUUCGCCAUAAACAGCCUCGUGGAUGAUAUCAAUGAGACCUUCGGCGGAAGAGGUAGCGCCUCUAGCAGCAGAAGAAGCAGUACAAGUACAAGCAACGGAAGAGGUGAUCAACUGUCCCUUGGGAAACAUGGUUUCCAAGUCAAGGAGACCUUCUCAUGCUCGUUCUGCUUGAGCCUGAUGAGGGACGCCCGCUAUCUACCAUGCGGACACUCCUAUUGCCGGGAAUGCCUGGAGAUGCAGCCACGAUCAACACCAGGUAUCAGAUGCGCCAAGUGCCUCGAGGAUCACAACCUGCCAGCGGGAGAAAUCAACGGCCUCCCUGUUGCAUACCGUAUCAACAGCAUUGUGGCAGAGAUCAGGUCAAAUGACAGUGAAACUAGUGAUGAUCGGCCACAGCCGAGUACAAGUUCCCAGAACAGAGGAUAUCAACAACCACCCCACCGUCAUUCAUCAGACACCAGGUCCCGUCCACUGAUGGAGGACGUAGACGAUGCCAAGAAGAGGGCCCAGGCCCGAGCGGGCAACCAGAUCCAGGUCUUCGUGAAAAAUAUGAACGACGGAAAGACCAUCACCAUCACAAUCAGCUCCAACGCCAAUGUUGGUGAUUUAAUGGAACAAAUCAAAACGAUAAUGAGGAUUGCCCCGUCCCAGCAGAGGCUGGCGUACAGCGGUCGCAAUUUGGACGACAAAACAAGUACAUUGUCAUCAUACGGUAUUGGGAAUCUUUCUCACAUUGAUCUGAAUGCGAGGCUACGUGGAGGUAGCCAGUAGAACUUCAAUCGUCAAAUAUUUCUCUGUAUCAUUUUCUAAAUGAACAUGAUUUAUCUUUAUUAAUCGUACUACUUCUGAUGCCCCUAUAUAUAGCAUACUUUUAAACAUCAUUUCCCAUUUCAUCUCCUUUGGGUUUCAAUUCCUUUCGACUUUCAUAAAAAAAAAACUUCUCAAUUUCUUUGACCAGUUACUCGGCACGUAAUACUUGAAUAUUUAUUUCUUUGUUCUGUUUUAUAUCUUAUUCCAUCAUUCCAGCUAUAGGCCUAUUCAUCGCAGAGAUAGUCACGCAAUAUAUAUAUGUUUCUCCGAUCGGAAGUUACUCGUUGAUCAGAUGCUUGUUUUAAUUUUUUUCGCUUAAAUUGUUUAUUUCUUGAAAUCAACUUGAUUCCAUUAACUUCAUGUUGUGUAGAUAAAUAUGUACUGUACAGUCAAUUUGUGUAUUCUAAGCAAUUUCUGUCUUUAAAAACGUGCAUUUUCUCUAUUCUGUAGUUGAAAAGUACAUUGUUUACGUCAUUUAUCUAAUCUAACGAAUAGGGAGCAUAGUAAUAUUUAGCUUGAAUUAAAGUGUCUACAUGAUAAAAUUCGUAUCGAUGCAUACAUCAGCAAUCAAUAUUUUAUCUAAAUAUUCGAUAAAAUAUAAAGAUGCUCAUUACUCACCAGAGAUAUGGAUAUUGACUCCCUUGGAAAGGUGGAGAGUAAAAAGGUGGAUGAAUACUUGAGGCCUCUAGGGAAUAUGGUCUAAUAAUAACGGGGAUGCCAUUAAGGCUUCAACGUGACGAGUGGUAUGGAUCCAAGAAAUAACUUCUAUUUGCAAAUGACUUCUGUAUUUGAAUCUGUUGUUUAAUACUUGAUGAUUCAAUUUGCUGCAUGUCAUGAGUACGAUCACCUAAGCCAAAAUUAAUAAAUCCACAAUUUGAUCAUCAAUAAUUCAAUGUCACUGAUCGAAGUAUGGACUCGAGGUGGAGAACAAAUCCGGUCCUCUGGAGAAUGUCCACUUCCUUCCAGUAUAGUAGUUCAGUUUGCCGACAAUAAUCUGAUAUUGUGCAUAAGAUUGUUGUUGCGUGAGAGCUCGAGUCCUUGGAGGCCCGACGGGAAUGAAUUUUUCUGACAUAAGAAAUUGUAUUCUUUUCACCAAAGAAUAACGAGUAUGCCUUGCCAGGUGUAGCAGCAAAGGAGGUGCUCAAGCGGGUCAGGUUGAAAAGAAAAGAGUGUCUUGAACCAUGAAUUUGAAUGCCAUUUCGAGCACUGAAUGAGUCAAUCUGAUGUUAUGUGAUCAAGAGUGAAAUUGUAAUGUUAAAAAAAACACUGAUGUGAAAUAAUCAGUGACAUUGUAGAAAUACUAAUGUAGUCAUUCCACUGUUCACUCCCCAAAUCAGUCAGACUUAACGCUGAAAAUUUCAUCAAAAGUUGAUUUUAAGUAAGGUGGAAUAUUAUGAUAUUUCAAAGUUUCGUUCAUUUUCACAAAACAGUUAUUAUGCACACAACUGGAUAAUAUGCAAAGUGCAUGAGAGCUAAUGAUCUUACAGUUUUAGCAUUUAUUUUGUGUGUGUGUUUUCUUACUCUCUGCAAUGGUAAAUAUUUCAAUUUUUGGUAGAUUUGACAAUAGUGACCCUCUUGGUUCAAUCACAGUACAACUAUGCCGACGAGAGAAAAGGAUUCCCGAUAGAGGAAUCAAGUUUGUUUACACAUUAUAAUGAGGAAAAAAUGAAAUAUUUCUUUAUUUAUAUUAUAGAAUACAUACUAAUAGUGAAGCCAUGACAACAUCAGCUCUUGAUCUCAUUUGUAUAUCAAUGUGUGGUGCAUAUUUUUUGUGAAAAUAAGCGAAAUUUUGAAAUGUCAUUCAGAAUCAUAACUUUUUGAAAAUUUACCUCCGAUUUUGAUUCAAUGUUCAGCAUUAUGCUUCUUCGAUUUUAGAUACAAGUAAUAUUUUGGAGUUAAACUUAACCCUUUUUAUAAUAGGUUUCACUAUCAGAUAGCUGUAAUUGUAUUAACUAUUGCUAUGCUUGUUGCCAGGCUCUUAAUGUUAAAACAUUUCAUUACCAUGUAUGUAUGCUCUGUUGUUUUUUUUUUUUCUAGAUAUUGCGGAAUUUACUUGAGUUAAUAAUUUGAAGAAAGGAAACUAUUCAGAUUCAUUAACAAUACAUCCUAUCAUUUUUUGUUAAAUACCCAGAGCACCAUGUGUAUACAAUGAUUACCUAGGAAAGGUGUGCUGUAUAAAAAACUUAGCUUUCAUAAAUUCACGUUAUUACUGUAUGCCCCCCCCC